GAUUUUUACAAGAAAAGAAAUUUGAGUAAAUGGUACAAGGGUAUGUUUACAUUGCAAUGGGCUCAUUCAGGCUUGAGCCCAAACCCCCCUUUUGUCUACAGACUCAUCUCUCAGGCUCGGACCUAGGAAUCCAGCAGCGACCAAAGGUUGGGCCUAUUACUUUUUGAUGUAGACACAAAGUGCAUGCACACACCUCUUCGGGACUCUGGGAAUCUGACAAAAGUAUCCCAUGGGACAACUUCCAUUGUCUUCUCUAUCCCAAGAAUCUCCUGUCGACUCCAGGGAAAUGGAAGCACCCCCCCUUGGUGUAGUGCAGCAGCUCCAUGAGUCAGCGUUUAACUUUUCUGUUGUCUUCUGAACACUGAGCUGCAAACAUGCCAUCAGAGAGCCUUCUGUGUGUACAGUGGAGACUGAGCAGAACAGGCCUUUUGCAAAGUACACUGCUUCGUGGUCAUGGGUGCACAGCCAGAUUUUGGUGCAUCUCUAGAGUGAGCCCAGCAAAACAGUGGAUUUUAGUAAGAGUACCGGGAAUGACUACACAUACCAGCAAAUAACAAAGAAGCUGGCAGCACUGAAAAUUAACCAGAGUGGAUUAAGUGGCUCAAGACUGAGUACAUGAAAACAAGAACCAAAACUACACCUUGGACAACUUGCCAACAUCAUGCCUGUUCUAUAUGGAGUUUGACUGGAUACUAGGCACUACACUGAACAUGGAGCCAACAGUAGUGCACCAUGACUUGGUCAGCCAGAAUGGCUCCCUUCUAGUCCCAGAAUCCAACGUGGGGACUGAUAGGAGCCAGCAGCAGGUGCCAAGUGAUUACAGUGAAGUGACUGUUACUGAAACCGGUCCCAGAGGAGGUUUUUGUAGCAGGAGAAGCAGCAGCACAUCCUGGGGCCAUACUCAAAGGAGCUGUUUGAUUUCCCCCACCCACCCACCUGCCCCCCUGGAGGCACAGCCCACUGUGGAACCUGCAGCAAAUACUGAAGGGACAGAAGUUGCCCCUGGACCUGGCCCCUUGAUCUCUACUGGCUGUGGUAGCUCCACAGCUCACCCACACUACAGCAGACACCUGGGUCAGUGUGCCUUCGUGGACCAUUCCAAGAGGAAGCAUUUCCGUGAUGAAUUUGUGAUUGAAGGUCUGGACAUGGUCAACAAGCAGGUCCAAUACCAUAAACAGAGAGAACAUGCUGAUGGCCUGUGUCAUAAACUAACGACUGUGUGUCCAACUGUGAAACCCCAGACCCAGGGACUAUCAAAAGAUGCCUGGGAAAUACCUAGAGAGUCUUUGCGGCUAGAAGUUAAGCUGGGCCAAGGAUGCUUUGGAGAAGUAUGGAUGGGAACUUGGAAUGGAACCACAAAAGUAGCAAUCAAAACACUAAAACCUGGUACAAUGAUGCCAGAAGCUUUCCUGCAGGAGGCUCAGAUCAUGAAGAAAUUACGACAUGAUAAACUUGUUCCGCUAUAUGCUGUUGUUUCUGAGGAGCCAAUCUUCAUAGUCACUGAAUUCAUGACAAAAGGUAGCUUACUAGACUUCCUUAAAGAAGGAGAAGGGAAAUGCUUAAAACUUCCACAGUUAGUUGACAUGGCUGCUCAGAUUGCUGAUGGCAUGGCGUACAUUGAAAGAAUGAACUACAUCCACAGAGACCUUCGGGCAGCUAACAUUCUUGUAGGAGACAAUCUUGUGUGUAAAAUUGCAGAUUUUGGUUUAGCAAGGUUAAUAGAAGACAAUGAGUACACUGCCAGACAAGGAGCCAAAUUUCCAAUUAAAUGGACAGCUCCUGAGGCAGCAUUAUAUGGUCGGUUUACAAUCAAAUCUGAUGUGUGGUCAUUUGGAAUUUUGCUGACAGAACUGGUAACAAAGGGUAGAGUGCCAUAUCCAGGGAUGGUGAAUCGUGAAGUUCUGGAACAAGUAGAACGUGGGUAUAGGAUGCCUUGCCCACAGGGCUGUCCAGAGUCUCUCCAUGAAUUAAUGAAACUGUGUUGGAAGAAGGACCCUGAUGAAAGACCAACAUUUGAAUAUAUUCAGUCUUUCUUGGAAGAUUACUUCACUGCUACAGAACCACAGUACCAACCUGGAGACAAUUUAUAAGUCGUCAACCUACAUAACAUGCACAAAUCUGCCAAAUGUAAAAGACUUUCAACGGGUUCCUCGCUUCUUUAAAGGAAUCAAAGGAAGGAAAAUCUUCACUCUGCAUGCUUUUAAUGGCAAACUGGAAUUCCACACUACAGUUGCACAAAACCACUUUUAAACUGUUAUACCCUAAUUUACCAAUGAUGUGAUUUCCUCUCCCUUCCCCUCUUCCCCCCAAAAAAAAUGAUUUCAGGGUCCAAAAGGAGUGUGCUGAAAUUACUCAGUGGUAAAGUGAGUGUUGGCAUGACAAUUACUAGCAAAAAAAAAAAAAAAAAAAAAAAAAACCCUAACAUUUUAAAUUAUUUACCUAGCAUUUAAUAAUACAUUCUAUUAAAGGGAGAAUUGUCUUAAAUUACACGCGAGCUUGGGGUGGAAAAACUUUUAAACAAAGGAACUUUAUGGGACCAAACAGUUCCAUUCCAGUUCUAUAAAAUUUCCUGUGUUCAGAAUUAGAUGAACUUUUUCCUUAAAGAUGGUACAGCCAUAUCUGAGAUACUGAUAGUAAUCUUCAGUUUAAGCUUCCUCUUGCAUGGACUUAAUUAGGAUAGACAAGGUUAAAACAGAAAUUUUAAACAGUGUAUGACAAACUUGAUUAAAUGCUAGACCUCAGUAGUGGAAUUGGAGAGAAUAAUGCACUGUGUUCAUAUUUGUAUUAAUGUAACUGGAAAGUAGCAUGAGAGAUUUUUCAUUUUUAUUUUUUUCUGCAUAGUUAAGAAUAAUGAAGAUAUCUAGAAAAUGAGGUAAUAUUUUAUAAAGUUGUGUUGAUAAAAUAUGAUCAAGUUUGAACUUGAAACCAUACAGUACAAUCAGAGGGAAAAUUCUCUAAUCUUUUAAGCUCCCAUCCUACAAUGAGCUCUGUGUGGGAAGACUACCUAAACAAAACUCAUUGCAAGAUCAAGAUCUUAGCUGGUAAAUGGUCACCUUUAGACAGUACACAUUAAAACCCAGAUUUGGUACUGUGGGAUGUGGCUAGUAUGUAUUAACGGUGAUGGGUGCCACAAAUGUAAAAUGACACUAGUUCAGGGAUUUGAUUGCACUUUUGCUUUUCUUGACUAUAAAGACUCUUACACACAGAAUUAUUUAAGUGAGAAUAAAUAGGAGAAGAAAAUGUGAAGGUUUAAAAAUUAGAGGGAUAAAGUAUAUUUAAUAUUGACAUCAUACAGUGAUGACAAACCUUUGCUGGCAUUCAGCUCAGCUCACACUGCAUCUACAAUAUUUUCUUCAACUACUGACAUAUUAAGCAAUAACUUCAUGUCCUCUGUUCAUCUGGUGGCAUGAAGUUUAGAAUUUCAAAUUAAGCUAACAUACUUUAAUUAUUAAACUAAAUGGUUUUCUCUAGAAUCAUGAUGAUGAUCAUACUAUCAGUGUAACACUAUCUGACAAAUGAAUUUCAUGCAAGUGGGCAAUAUAGUUCUGGUACUAAAAAUUGUUUUUCACAUGUUUACACUACAUUCUUCAUACUGAAUCUCUCCACUAAAUGGAACUUUGUAAGAACAGUGCCAUCAUUUUGCAUUUUCCCUUAUCUUCUAUACACAUGUGUUUAUCAAAUUUUAAAAGGGCUUUAUGUAAAAAACCAAGAACACUAUGGAAUUGUAAUUUUUUUUCUAAAUAUUUUAAAAUGGGUAACACAAUCAUACAAGUUUAUGUACUAAUACAGUUACAAUAAAAAUGCCAGAAAAUGGUGCUGGCAUUAAUUGGAUUUUAAUGACUGAAUGGAACAAUUUUCCUUGUAAUAACAUUUGUAUAGUAAAGAAAUAAAACACUAACUUAAUGAGUUUGUUCAUUGUAAAUGGUUGUGUAUUAUAGAACUUCUCCAGAAAGAGUUUCUGUAUGUAUAUGAAAUUUUUAUUUUUAAUCGUCUUUCACCUCAAGACAUUGAUAUGGAUCUUACCCUAACAAGAAGUUCAAAGUUCACAUUACACUUUUUAUAUAAUAGUAAUAAGUUUAUAAAAAUACUUAAUUACAUAAUUAAAGUAUGGCAUUGUGGAA